CUCGGAAAUUGCUGUCCUCCCCCCAAUACUCCGGGGCGGCAUCUUCAUACUUCCGCUUUUCUUCCAUCUCUGCCUGUACUCACCAACAUCCCUCUCUUUCUUUCUUUCUCUCUUUCUCUCUCUCUCCUUUCCUUUCCCUUAAUACAUAAAGUCCAUUCAAUCCUAUCCAUCCACCUCCCCCUGCUUUUUCUCUGCUCUCACAACAGUCGACAUCAUCGACAUCAUCGACAUCAUCGACAACCCCUUCUACACCUUUUAUCAAACCUCCAUCCGGAAAAGGGACGAGAAACGAGAUAUAAUAAAAAAAAAUAGUAUAAAAAAAAUGAUGUCCUCGAACACCGACAGCACCAGAGCUGUCACCCCUCCUCCAGAGCCCUAUAACGUCUGGUCAGACAGCGAUCCUGCGGGCGAGCCUUCCAGGACUUCCAAGGAGCACAAGAAGGAGAAGGAGGAAGGAGAACUCAGCAUGGAGGAACUGAUCCGAAUCGAAGAAGCCGCGGGUGGUGGCAAUGGUGGUAGUGGUCACGAUGGACCAGGCUUCCAUCUCAGUGCGACCAGUGACAACGGCUCGACUUCGCGAUAUAGUGCACAGACGAUCCGACAGAAAAAGGGUCGGCGAUUAGUUUCGUCCAUGGGAUCGUCUUCGCCCUCGUCUUCGUCUUCUUCUUCUUCCUCGUCCUCGUUCGUGAUGAAUUUCGAGAAUUUUGAGGCGGAGGAAACAGUUCCUGAGAAGAAGGAAGGCGCCACAGCAACAGCAACAACAACAACACCAGCACCAGCUCCAGCAGGAGGAGCUCGGGAUGUGGCCAUAUCCAAGGCUACCACGGUCGUCGCCUCAUCGUCCACGUAUAACGGUGGAGGGGGUUUCCCGUCCGUGGGGUUGUAUCAGAGGUUGGGACGGGCGCAGGCAUAUUCUGCAAUGGCGUUUGGGGCGUUUGGGUUCAUCCAUUUGGUGCCGCCGGUGCUGGCGUCCGUGGGCGGGAUCGAUUUGGCGAACAAGGCCCUCAUCUGGGGACGCGUUUAUUAUCAGACUUAUGGGAUCGAACAAGUCCUAGUAUAUGGAUCGCUGGCUGUCCAUCUCGGGACUGGACUCUGCAGGGCGAUUGUGAGGUUCGUCUGGAAGGUCAAGGGUUCAUCGUCCACGUCCACAGAGAAGAGAGGCUUGAAAACCAUUACCACGACGACGACAAGUACCACUACCACCACCAAGACCUCGACCUCAUCAUUAUCAUCAUCAUCCGCGCCUUCAGAAUCCACAUCAGCAUCAUCCACAGUCAUGUCCUCUUCCAGCAACAGUAACAAGGGCGGAAGCGGAAGCGGAUCUGCUCCGGGCUUGUUCCCGUAUCAUCGGUUGGUCGGCUGGCUCCUGGUACCCUUCGUUCUUGCGCAUACGUACCAGAUGCGAGUGGUUCCUGUGAAGGUAUUCGGGGACUCGGCCAUGGUCGAUUACUCAUUCAUCGCGUUCUUACAUCGGAUGAAGCAGCCGGCGCCGUAUGUGCUGUUGGUCGGGCUCAUGGCCUACCAUAUGUUUGGAGGCGGACCUGUUGCGUUCAAUAGAGCGUUGCCAAAGUCGAGCGAGAGACGGGUGAAGGCCCAGGAAUUGAUCCGGUCGAGGAAGGCGCGUGCGGUGGCUGCGGGAGUGAUCUCGACAGUCGCUUUGGUGGGCGCUUAUAGGAUCAUGAGGGUCGAGGGGGCGAUACCUAUGACGAAGUUGUAUCGAUCGUUGUUGGUUUGAAAGGACCCCCGGUUGGUUAGUUGGUUGGUUGGUUGGGUUUGCCCCUGGAUCGGAAUCUUUGACUAUGAAUAUGAAAGUCAGCUCCCUCCCUCCCCAAGUUCAGCCCACAAAAUGAAGGUAUAGAACGGACCCUUUCGAUGGUCGUGUUCUUGUUGGGGGUUUCAAUUGUCCAUUUAGUUCCAACGGUUUCCAUAUCGGAACACUCCACACAGCAUAUUUCAUUUCCCUCAAUAAACACAGGGCCCUGUAAGUUUUGGUUUGGCCAACCCAAGAGCAAC